GGGAGUCUUUGUGCGAUGAAAACUACAAAAUAAUUAAAAAAAGAAAUCUAUGAUUCCUUGUUUUCUUCCCACAUUGAUGAUUUCUUCUUCUUCUGCUAAAUUCUUUACCUGUUGAAGUUUAGCUUCUUCUCUUUCCUUUAGCAGAAUGAGAUGGUGGAGAUUAUCAUUUGGUAUUUACAUCAUCCACUUCUUUCUCUUCUUCUCUUUCAUGGGAUUUGCAGCAGGCCUUCAAGAUCAACAACUCUGCAAUAUUUCAUCAUGUGGAGGUCUUCAGAUCCAAUUUCCUUUUCGCCUGAAAGGAGACCCAGCAAAAUGUGGAGAUCCAAACUAUGAACUCACCUGCAGUGGCAACAGAACUCUCAUGGAGUUCCAGUCAGUUCAGUUCUUGGUGAAGAACAUCGAUUAUGCAGGCAAUACUAUCCAGGUUAUUGAGACUGGCCUGCUACGAAGCAACUGCAGUCUUCCCCUCAAAUCUUUUGGAGCAAGUUCUGUUUCAAGAUCCAGAUACUAUCAGUUAGAGUCUUGUAACAGAUCUGGCACCUUCCUGUAGCCUUUUGUCUAUGAUGCCAGCAACUGAUACUUCUGCAACUAUUUCAAGCCAUUUGGAUCUAUUUCAAGCCAUUCAUAGUGGAUUUUCUUUAUCAUGGUCUACUCAUGGUUUUAC